GUUUGCAGUCAUUCUGCCGUUGGGUGAAGAGCGAUCUGCUGCGUUGGCAGCGCGUGAUGAGUUUGGUCGAUGUGACUAUUCGGAUCAUUUGAUGCUGUUGAGAGCAUUCAACGCCUACAGUCGCACCACUCAAGGAGCACGUCAGCUACAACGUCAAUUGUUGGUGGAGUUGAGGCGUUUAAGAAUGUUGCCACCGAACUGUAAUGCGUUCGAGAAUGCGGAUUUGAAUCGGUACAGUUCAAGUUGGCCGAUGGUUCAAGCGGCCAUUGUGGCCGGCUGCUACCCUGGAGUGGGAUUC